GCGAUUGUUUGAGGGAGUACUUAAAAAAAUGUGAAAAAAAUGAAGUUAACACAAAACACCAGGAAAUAGUUGAGGAUUGUAUAAACAACGGUAAAAUCGUGCCUGUGGAUAUAACCCUAGAAUUGAUGAAAAUAAAAAUGGAAAGCGAAAUAGCCAAAAGAAAAAAACAAGAACAUAAUGAAUUAAGUGACCAAGGUGAAGCAGGAGUAGAAAAGAAGAAAGACAGUUUUUCUUUUAAAAAAUUGGAUGAAAAUGCAAAUUUAAAAAAUAUAAAUAUAGAAGAAUAUAAUAAUAAAUUAAAAUAUGUAAAUAAUAUAUAUGAAAAUAAAGAGGUCUUGGAAAUAUUAAAAAAUAAUAAGUGUGAACAAAAAGCAAAGUAUAAAUUUAUAAUUGAUGGAUUUCCAAGAAAUUAUGAUAAUUUUAAUGGAUGGAUUAAUAUAAUAGGAAAUUAUGCAUAUGUACAUUUAUGUUUAUUUUUAUAUUGUGAUGAAGAGAUAAUGAUAGAGAGAUGUAUGAAUAGAGGAUUAACUUGUGGAAGAGUAGAUGAUAAUAUGGAUACAUUAAAAAAACGAUUUGAUACUCAUAAUAAUGAUUGUAUUCCUAUAAUAAAUUUAUUUUUAAAUGAAAACAAAUGCAUUUUUAUUAAUGCAAAUAAAAAUAUUCAGGACGUUUGGAGUGAUAUUCAGUAUGUUUUUACAAAUAUGUAA